UAAGUCAUGUCUCUGAUCAGCCCGAUCAGCAGCGAGACUGGCCUCCGGAACUUCCAGCGCGAUACUGUCGAGAACGCGGUUCAGUAGCUCGUCGGCGAGGCGUACAGCAACACGCGACUCCGAAGUGAUACCGGCUUACAAGGGACCGUGACUUUCGAGAGUCACACAAAUCUCGGACAGACAGACGAAGCCCUUUCUGAAGCUCUCGAUCAUAUGUCUAUCGAAAGGGAUGACACCGAUGCCGCGGCAACAGCCUCGAGACUACCGAGCCGCAAGCCCCGACGCAGAACUAGAGGCAAGGGCAAUCGGGCAGAUCAGUUCUGCAUAUACCGCACCUCCGACGGCCGAAACAUUCCGGCCGUGGCGAUCGAGUACAAGGCACCGCAUAAGUUGCGACGCGACGAGGUCGUCACCGGUCUGGAGUCGGAGACUAGACCGGAACGCGACGUAAUAAAUAAGAACGGCGAGGGGUUUGCGUUUGCAUCGAGAUCGCUCGUUGCCGCUGUUGUGACUCAGCUCUUCUCGUACAUGAUUGGCAAAGGCAUCCAGUAUGGAUAUGUGUGCACAGGAGAGGCAUUCGUCUUCUUACACAUUCUGAAUGAUCCUACCAUCGUAUACUAUUCUGUGCGUGUGCCGAACCUGGACGUUCUUGAUGAUGACGACGAGAACAGGCUCCAUGGCACAGCUGUUGCGCAGGUCUUUGCCUUUAUCCUUCAGGCUCUGCGCGCCGAACCGCCUCCAAUGUCCUGGCACGAUACUGCCGCGGAUCUCGAUACCUGGGCUGUAGAGUACGACGACGUGCUAGGAAACAUUCCCGAAACAGUACGUAAGGGCAAGGAAGCGCGCGCCUCUCCGUACAAACCCCAACUCUGGCGAGGAUUCAAGCGCUCGCCGAUUCGGACACGGUCUCGGUGCAAGCAAUUCGACAGCAAUGAAAAGAUCUCCAAAAUCAAAUACUGCCCCCAUUCCAAAUGAUCGUUUCAAAGGCCACACAUGUGACUGCUGGGUUGAGCGAUCUGGAUUGCAGUAGAGCUGUUGAGCCCCCAGAGACAUCACACUUGGCAACGGGCGCAUGCUCUCCCAACAGCAGGGGUCAAACGGCCCUCGUCACCUGUUUUCAGAGUUGGGAGACAGAGACACCACCAACCUGCGUUGAAGCGCCCUUGUUUGACUGCUGAUAACGACAGCCGCUAUGGGCUGCCCAGCCACUCCGGAGCCAGGCUAAAUUGCGUUAAACGUUGCACUUGGCUCGCCCCUGCAAGCCCGUCUUGGCACACUGGCUUCGAAACUUACUGCGCUUCAAGUUGAUUCCGAUGCUAGUCAAAAGCGCUUUGCAGCACAGACUCAGCCAU